GCUGUUUUUUUCCCCUUUCCUAUUUUCAUGCUUGAUUCAUAGUUGUGCUGGUGGUUUGAGUGGUUUCUUUUUGCAUAGACUUCCUCUUCACCUCUUUUGCUGCUUUAGCUUUUCAACAUGAUUUGACAGGAACCUGCCUAGAUAACUCAACACUCAGCCUUAGACCCCUUUGACACAAACACAAACUAGUGUGUUUAACACAACAUAUUUUUUAGUGUUGUAGGUGUGCAUUUCCUGUGACCCACAAGACGACAUCUUUGUACUUUUUGGUUCUGUCCAAAAGGUCCUGGCAUCUUGGUCACAAUGCUUUUAACAAGAACAAUGGACUACUUAUUCAACAGGAAUUUUCUGCUAUUGCUCACAGUGGGAGCCAUAAUUAACGCCAGAGUUCAGGGGACACGUAUCGAACCUGAGGUCCCAAAGAUGGUUAAAGCAUGUACAGGAUCACACACAACCAUCAGCUGCAUGUUUCACACAGAUGUUAAAGGGCUCAAAGUGGCCUGGUAUUUUGACAAAACGUCUGACUUUAAUGACCGUAAGAACAUUAAUGAACUCCACUCACCACCUGGCUCCAAUGUGAGGCAUUACCAUGAAGAGAAAGGACACACUGCUUCAUAUUUGACCAUUCGAAAUGUUACUUUAAAUGACAGUGGAUGGUACUUUUGUCAGGUCACACAGGAUAUUCCUAUACUCAUAAGUAACCUCAGCAAUGGAUCUGAACUGGUCAUUUCUCCUCCCACAGAGUGUAAUGUUGAGGACCAUACAACAAAUUCUUCUACGAUUUAUGAUUCACCCACAGACAGUAAUUUGGAGGACAGUACAAAAAAUUCAACUACAACUUAUGCAUCUGAACCUCCAAAUGCUUCUCCUUGGUGGCUCUGGGUAGCUGUGGCAGGGGGCUGUGUUUUGAUUAUAACAGCUGCGAUCACCACAACUGUCAUAUGCAGAAGAAAAAAAGAGGCCCCUGUUUAUGAGAACACAAAAGAAGCAUCAAAGAGACACUGGAAAGAAGAUAAAUACCUUCACCAUGGCAUGCCAUCAAAAGGAUAUUCACAUAAACAAAUGGAUACUCUGAAACCACACAACCAUGAAUAUGUUCACAAUGGUAGAAAACCGAGCCCAAAAUUAUAAAUAAUGGCAUUGGAUUAUAAUCUGCUAGUCCAUCUUAAUUUUAUCAUUCAGCCAUUCAGUUGUAAUUUUGCUGGUGUGGUUAUGAUAAUUGUCCUGUUGCAUGAACCAGUUUAGGCCAAGCUUUAUCUGCUGGACAGAUGGCCUCACAUUUGCCUUCAGAAUGAUUUGGUAUAAUGAGGAGUUCAUAUUCGUCUUAUAACCUUAAGGUGCCAUGGAGCUGUAAUUGCAAAACAGACAUAUCCCUCAUCAUCCCUAUACCACAUUCGUGGUGAUAUGCCAUGUUUGGCCAAAGCUUGUGCUGUGCAUUAAUUAUAACCAAACAUCUCCAUUUUUAAUCAUCUGCCCAAGCAACAUGGUUUUCCAGAAAUGUUUUGUUAGAUGUUUUACAUAACAUUGCAGACUGUGCUUGAAUAGAGAAAAGAGUCCUGCAGAUCCUUAUAUGUAACCCUUGGGUUGCUUGACGUCUUCCUCAUCAAAUGGUCUGACACUGUGGUGAAUUUACUGGGACAUUGACUCCUUGGAAGAUUGGCAGCAGCUUUGAAUGUUCUCAAUUUUUUAAUAAUCCUCCUCACUGUAGAAUGCUGGGUUUGAAUAACCCUUCCCAGAAUGGUACGUAGAAACAGUUGGUUCUGUAAGAUCAUUGGUGAUGUCUUAUCUCCUUGUACUGGUGUUAACAAAAAAACCUAUGCCACCAAUCCAGACCACUAGAAUGCCAGAAUUUCUGCUUUUAUAGAGGUGGCCACACAUCCCGAUUAUCAAGAAAUCUGUUGCAUUUGAUUAAUAGCUCCUCGCUGCAAAUUACUGCUAAUAGAUACGGAAACAGUAAGUAUAUGCUUACAUUUUCGCACAUGGCUUUCACAUACGGGCUGAUAUAUUUGGUAAGUAAAUAAUGACACAGUAGAAUGUGGUGUUUGUCACUGAUGUUAGAUUUACUAGGUCUUAGGACCUGAUGAGGAAGAGGUGAUGUUUUAACAAGUCUGAAUAUGUAAAAAAAAAACAAAAAACAAAAAAAAAACAUACAUUUAAAAAGAGGGUGUACUUUCUUUUCUCAACACUGAAAAUGCAUUACAUUUUUAAUACAAAAUCAAUACACAAUCAACACACAAUGAUGAGAAAAGUCACAGAAGAGUGCCCAGACUGGUUUGAGCUCACAGGCAGGCUACGUUAACUGAACUAGCCACUCUUUACAGCUAUGGUGAGAAGAAAAAAAUCUCAGAAUGCAGAACACAUCAAACCUUGAAGCAGAUGGGCUACAAUAGGAAAAGUCCACGUGUGGUGUCGCACAAGGACAGGAAUCGGAGGCUGCAGUGGGCACAGACUCAUUGAAACUAGACAGUAGACUGGAAAAAGACUAGAUGACUGGCUGACUGGAUAAUUGCAUAAAUAGUCAGGUGUACACAUGCUCUUAUUAGUGUUCAGUGAGUGUAUUUAGGGAAGACUGAGGAUGUUUGUAACACUGGUUAGUAACACCCGCAGACUUUCUUAAAAUGACGUAACCACAGCCACAUGACUGUCUCCAUACAUGCUUAGUGUAGCAUGAAGCUCACAACUGAAGAGGUAGCUGUUCAGAAGCUUCAGAACUGUUAAUAAAAUAUAGGUUUACACAAAUAGCAUUUUGUGAUUGGUGCUAAAAUGGCUGCAUGAACAAACAGUCAUGCACAGCAGCUGUUUGAGGUCAGGGCUGUUUCCUUGCUGAAGCAUGUACAUGUGUAGGUUUUGUGUGGUAUGAGUCAGACUCAGAUGAAGUGUCCGAUUCAGAUAAAACACAGUGCUGUAGACUACUUGUGGUUACACAGCUGGUUCCAACACGUAUUUGCAGAGCAAGUUAUUUGUCCCCUCUUCUUACUUACAUACCAUAUAAAAAAAGACAUUCAUAGAAACAUGUAUGUGUAUAUUUUUUGAGAGCCCUGUUUAUGAGAACACAAAAGAAACCUUAACAACAUAUGGGAAGACAGAUCGAUCCCUUCACCACUACAUGCCAUCAAAAGGAUAUUCAAAUAAACAAACGGAUUACUCUUAAACCACAUAACAAUGAAUACUGCAGCAGACAACCGAGCCCAGUGGAAUAAUGGAAAAAAUGGAAUUGGUUAUUAUCUGCUAGUCCAUAUUUAUUAUAGCUGUCUUUAUGUUAAGUGUGAUAUUCUAUUUAAAAAAAGUGACUUCUGUGCUGUAGUCACUUACUGCUUUUAUCACUGGAAAAACAACGCCAUAGCUCUGCUUUUGCAAACUGUUUAUUUGUAAAAGACCCAACUGAACACUGUGAUUCCAUAUUUGGAUAAAAUCUAUUCACCUGUACUAACAUGAUAGAUCAGGGUUCUUCAAAUCUGAGGUCCACUUUACUGUGCUGCCGAGUUUAGCUCCAACCCUAAUUAAACAGACUCGAACAAGCUAACCAAGGUCCUCAGGAUUACUAGAAAAUUACAGGCAGUUAAGUUUGGCGGUUGGAGCUAAACUUGAAGAACCCUGUGAUAGAUCAUACUUCACUGUUGCCAAUAUCAAAUGUAGUAAUAUUGUAGACCUCUUUGACAAGUAUAAAAUAUUGUAUGUCGACCAUAAGCACAAUUGCUGCAAAAUACUGUCAAUUUCUGUUAUUUGUUAUGCUUAUGUUACAUCUGUUCAUUUCUCAAAAUGCAGAAAUAAAGUAAGCUUCAGUUUUCUAGAUUUCUCAACAUUGUCAAAACUCAACACUUUUAUAACAGAAUGCUAUUAUAGAGAACUGAUUUCUAUGAAAAUUUCAGGUUCGUAUCUGGUCCCACACAAGAGAUAUUCAACCUGAAAUUGAGGGGAAUUUUUUUUAAAUUGCACUUUCUUGACUCCAAUAAAUAGAUAAAUAAAUGAGAAGUCUCAAACCUGAAAUGUCCUGCAUGCAUACUAUACUUACCUAGGUUCCCCAUUAAAAUAAGUAAGACUGAAACUUGAACCCUUUCCAUUAUAAAUUGACCCUGAAUGUGGAACUGUAAUCAAUCUUGAACAUGACAUCUGGACUUAAAUUCUAAGUCUAAGCAACAUGUUUAUGUUCCUGUACCUUGUAACAUACUCUAGAGACCAGUUUUUGUUCCAAGGGGCUAGGACCAUCCUGGACCGAGAUAGUGAGGUUUCCGUAAACAGCUGGAUAAACGAAAUUUGUUGAGGUUAAACAAAUGGUAAGAGUGGUUAAACCAAGUAAAAAUAAAUACAUUUUAAAGUUGGUGGUUUUGCAAUGACAAUGCAUAGAGGUACUGACUCA